AUGACCACCGCAACGGCAGCGGCUGCUGCCAGUCGAGCUAGUGUAGACAGUAAUCGCUCUGCCAGCUCAACAAGCACAGCUGGCACCAACGGCAAGAACUCUCGCCACUCCAUUGGCCCAUGGUCUCUACUCAGGACGCUCGGCGAGGGAGAAUUUGGUAAAGUAAAGCUUGCACUUCACCAGGAAACUGGCAAGGAAGCUGCAAUCAAGCUCAUAAAGAAGGAAUCUAUUGAAAAUCCUACACGCAGAGCUAAGCUUUUACGUGAAAUCGCAAUCCUAAAGGCCGUAAACCAUCCCUACAUUGUCAAGCUAUUUGAAGUUAUCGAAACAGACACUCAUAUCGGAAUCGUCACAGAGUUCGCCUCCGGAGGCGAAGUAUUUGAAUAUAUAUUGGCUCAUAGAUAUCUCAAAGAACGGGAUGCUUGUCGCUUCUUUUGUCAGCUGAUUAGCGGUGUAAACUAUUUGCACCAUUCCCACAUCGUGCAUCGAGACUUGAAACUGGAAAACUUGUUGUUGGAUGGACAGCGGAAUAUAAUCAUUACAGAUUUCGGAUUUGCACAUAGAGCAGAGAAGAAUUUAGAAGCAUUACUAACUACAUCAUGUGGAAGUCCAUGUUAUGCUGCUCCAGAGCUCGUUAUCAGUGAUGGAUAUGUGGGAGAAUCGGCUGAUAUAUGGAGUUGUGGAGUCAUUCUGUAUGCCAUGUUAUGUGGUUAUCUACCAUUCGAUGAUGAUCCAGCAAACCCUGAUGGCGAUAACAUCAAUCUUCUAUACAAGUAUAUAUUAGAAACCGAGCUAGACUUCCCUGAAUAUGUUGGAUCAACAGCACGAUCACUGCUGAAACGAAUGCUCGUGCCAGACCCAAAGAGGAGAGCAAAGAUACAGGAAAUCAUGGCGCAUCCAUGGGUACAGCCCUUUGCAUACAUAUUUUCUGAAACGCCUGUUAAAGUAGCAGACCCACUUAUGGAACCAGAAUCGUUUGUGGAACGUAUUCCAUCACCAUCACCAAAUAUUGACGAAGACAUGAUUGAAUCCUCAGAUGUCGAAAUGACGACUGCUGUACCUGAUUCGGAUAUUGUAGCUGCUGAACCAUAUGUAGAAGCAUCAGCCAUCACCACAACGACAACGACAACUGCUGCUACGACAACGGCCAAAAAGCCAACGACUUCAAAGGACUCGACUUAUUUAUCACGAGAAGAUUCCUCAUUAGAAGAUUCAAAACGAUCAUCUGUAGAUAAUAAAGCUGCCACAACAACCACAAUAGCAUCAAUAACUAAUAAUACUUCCAAUAAUAAUAAUCCUGUGGCACCUCCACGGUCAACCACUCUGCUACCCAUCGCUGCAACAGCUUCUUCAGUGGCCGUUGCAGUCGGAAUCGCUUCUGCUGUCUCAUCAACAUCAUCAACCACUACCAACACCAAUACAUCAACCACAACAUCCUCUGCAAUUAACUCAUCAAUAUCAUCUGUACCAGUGAGAAAAGUACCACCACCAGUGGUACCAGCUAUAGACGAGUCUGUUUCGAAAAAGAAACGGACAUCAGGUGUGUUGAAACCAAAUGUGGUUUCACCUAUUAGAAAUCCACAAAUAGUUACCGACGAGCUGGAAAAGCGACGCAUGUCGGCUCAUUACAAUGACUCGGAUGCUAAAAAGGCGAGAAGGGAUGUACAGUUCAAAGAAGGAGGCGCUGGCGCUUCUGAGGCUGAACCUACGUUUGCUGAGAUUGCCGCUACUCGUAAGAGUUUCGAUGUUCGAAAACUCGUUAAUGGUGGAACAGAACUACCUGGUAAACCACCGCAACGUGGUGUAUCCUGGUUUAGAAGGAGACCUGGUCCAAUUCCAAUACCCGAGGACGAGGCACCACCUCCACUGCCAACACCAAUACCACCACUGCCGCGAAUGUCAAUGAUGACUGCCCGAACAGCCACAGGCCCCAUCGCAUCCUCAGUCCCCUCACAAAACCUCCCACCACCCAGGCAAACAUCCGUACCCCAACAACAGCAAACAGCAUCUUCCAUAGCUGCUAUUGAAGCAUCCCAACCACGAUACCACUACGGCGUGAUAGAUCGCCGAGCACUGACUUCCAAACAACCGAGACUGCAAAUCGCUGAAAUUAAAGCCAUUGUUGCAUCAAUGGGUCUUGAGGUGACUGAUGACAAGAGUAAUGAGUAUAAGGUGAAAUGUAUUAGACGGCAACGGCCAAUGACUUCGGAUAACUCUUCGAUGAGUUCGGUGGCGGAUGUAUCGAAUCAACAGCCACAACAACAACAAUCGAAUACGUCGAGAACGCCAACACGGAAGCCAUCUCGAGUAGUAUCUAUAUUCCCAUUCUCCUUCCUUCGCAGACAGUCCAAAACCAAUAAUUCGUCUACGACAUCCGUAAACAGCCAACUGCAGCAGCAGCAAACCAUAGACGCACAACUAGCUACCGUAGCAAGUGAAGUCCGAUUCAGUAUAGAGGUACAGAGGCUACGGAACUUGCCUGGCUUAUACGUCGUUGAUUUCGAGAGAUCGAAAGGUGAUCGAUGGCUGUUUCGUAAACUGUAUGAUGAUAUUGUUACAAAAUUGGAUUUGAAGACGGAGGGAGCUGCUAUAUCGAUUGGUGCGUAA